CCACAGCACUCCAGCCUGGACGACAGAGUGAGACUCAGUCUCAAAAAAAAAAAAAGUUUUCUGUUCCUAAAGCAGCAUUCAGAAGUGAAACUACUGGUUUGUAUACAGUUUUUCCAUUUGCUAUCUUUGGGAUUAUUUGAUAUAUUAAGUACCUACUCAGUAGUUGAAAACACUGUCAGAUACAUUAUUUUCAUUUACUAUAGUAAUUAUAUGGUUUAAAUACAGUUGUCCAUUGGUAUCCUUAGGGGUUGGUUCCAGGACCUUUGCGAAUACCCAAGUUCAUAUAUACUCAAGUCCCAAAAUCUACCCUGUGGAACCAGCAUAUAUGGGAAGUUAGCUCUCCAUAUUCACAGGUUUCACGUCUCACAAAUACAGUAUUUAUUUUUGUAUUUCUCACAAGCUUUUUUCUCUUUAAGGAGCAGGCAAAGUUGGGUAAAUGCUAUAUUUUUUAUUGCUUUUGGUAUAAGCGGAUCUGCGCAGUUCAAAGCUGUUUUGUUCAAGGGUCAACAGUAGUAGUGUUCCUGUCUUACAAAUGAAGAUGCUGGAGGCUGAGAGGUUAAGCAAGCUGGCUAAGAUAAUACUAAGAGCUAAUAAGCCAAGAUUGUAAUCGAGAUUGUCUCUUCCCACAAUCUGUGGUCUUUUCAGAAACGAAUUUUCAUUUUAAAAAACAUACAGAUAUCUUUUUUCUCUUCUUUUUUUUUUUCAACAGACACCUGUCUUUAGCAAAGUUUAUACCUUUUAAUAAUAAAAAAAACAAGAAAAGCAAAGUAUAUACCUACAAACAUAACCUUAAAGAAAAUUAAGAUGAAAGCGAAACUACCUAACAUCCUGCUACUCUGGCAAAUCAAACUAGGACUUUUACCACAUUUCUUCACAACUCAGUGUUAAAACAGAUGCUCUGGUGGUGUGAAGGGAAAAAAGCUGCUAUGAAAAAAGGAACAGAAAAGUUUAGGGAGGUAGCUGAUAGGAUAAGUAUAUAUGUUAGAGUGUGGGACUCAAACUUGACUGAUUCCUGGGUUUGGCUCUAAAGUCUCUUAAAAAUCCGUUUGUUAUAGGUAAGUCUUACAGCAAAACCUCACUGGAAAAAAAUAGUGGACUCCAUGUGACAUCUUCCUUUAUUUGGUUACAGGGAGACAUGUGACUUUUGUCAUCCGAUGUAUCACGUUUGUGUUGAGCAGUAUGGGUUGUGGGAAAGAGCUUAGGAAUGCUUGGAAUUAACUUAAACUAGAAAAGGGACUGAAAAAUAACAUAGGAGAAAAGACUGAAGAAAAGAGAAAAGGAAAUGGAGGGUUGUAAUGAACCCUGGGUAGUUGAGCAAAGAAAGAGGAAAAAGGGGGAAGAGGGGAGCUAAAUGAUCUCUGAGGCAACUCAGUCUCAUGGUUGCCUGAACUAGUCUAUACUGUGGGAAGAAGUAGACUACUGAUUUCUUUGAAGUACCAGUGUACUUCUUGCUUUCUAUUCCUAGUCAUAGACAAAUUUACCAGUAACUUGAAACUAUGUAGUGCAGUUUCUUCUUUUUAAGCUGCAUUUAAAUAAUUAUUAGUAGCACUUGGACCUUUGGUUAGAGAAUCACUGUUUAAUUAUUUAAUUUAAAGAUUUCACCAGCACGGAAAACCCAUUCUUUAUAUGAUUGGGGAAAAUUAUUAGACUUGAGAUUGUUUUACUUUUUAGCACUGUCUAAAGGCAGAUUUUUAAAGGUGGCAUAUAAUGCAAGUCUGCCUUUCUUAGGAUGAUUGAAGUUACAUGUUAAUAAAGUUCUUGGGGAAUCUAGCAUACAAUGCAUUCAGCACUGUAAAUCACAACUUAAUAAUGCUUGCCUUGAUAUGCUCUGUUGCUCUGAGGAAGUUGUGUGCGCUGUUAUCUCCUGAGAAAUCCCUAUAAUGGUAUUAGUAAUACUUUAUAAGUAGGUUGGGAGAAUGUAGUUUUCUAAGGCAUUUUGAAAUUCUUAGAUGAAAGCCUCUUUAUGUGGCAAAUUGGUGCCAGCCUGUUUUCCUUCCUCUGAGCCAGGAGAAAAUAGGCAUCAUAGGGUGGGAAGGGUUGGCUUGUCUUUCAGAGUUCUUUUAUAAAUAGCUUCUGUUGAAUUUAAAGUGGAUGCCAGAAGCUCCCAAGAAUAUCGUUGAGUGUAAAAGCAGACUUUUUGGGAUUUGGGUCUUGGAAUGCCUUUUAUUUAUUUAUUUGAGACAGAGUCUCGCUCUUGUAGUCCAGGCUGGAGUGCAGUGGUGUGAUCUUGGCCCACUGCAAUCUCCGCCUCCUGGGUUCAAGCGAUUCUCCUGCUUCAGCCUCCUGAGUAAUUGGCAUUACUGGCGCCCCCACUACGCUAGGCUAAUUUUUGUACUUUUAGUAGAGACAGGGUUUCGCCAUGUUGCCUAGGCUGGUCUUGAACUCCUGAUCUCAAGUGAUCCUCCCGCCUCAGGUAAUCUGCCCGCCUCCUAAAGUGCUGGGAUUACAGGUGUGAGCCACGGAGCCCGGCUGGGUCUUGGAAUUCUUAACUGUAUUUUCAUCUAAGAUUUAAAACAGAUAUAAAAACUAGUUUGUAAUUCGCCAGACUUGGGAAAGAUAUGGUCCUUUAAUGAUCCUGGGUCUCAACUUACCUUUCUCUCAUUUUUCCUUUAUUUCAGAAGAGGGAUAAGAACUGACUUUUUCUGAAAAGCAGUCAACUUUUACUUUCACUGUAUAGGAUUACUUCCAUGAAUAUGUUAACUUAAUCUUUGCUGUCAAAUAACUUGCAGUAGAUGCUGGGACAAUUUUAAAUCUAUUUUAAUUUGCACAUUCAGUACAUCAGUCAUCCAUGUAAAAACAGCUAUGUUUGGAAGAUCUAAAACCCAGCUUUUGUUCUUGAGAAGCCAACAAUGUAUGUAAUAUAUAUGUACAACUAACCAUAAUGCAUCAUGUUUUUUGAAAAAUGCAUGUAUCUCCCAGAAUUACUCCCUAGUUAAAAAAAUAAUUGUGAGCAAAUGGUAAUAUAAGGAUUUUGGAGUAACAAUACCACUAGAUUUUGCUCUUUGUGCAUUUGCAAGAAAGUUUCUGCAAAUGCUUAAGAAGUCUAGAUGCAUAAAGGAAGGUAGGGCUAAGUUACUUCCUGGUGCUAUGAAACUGGCAAUUGGACAGGUGCAAUUGUGGGUGUCCUUUUUUUUUUUUAAGGUGUACUUAUUGCAGGCUUGAAAAGCUGUUGAUCCUCAUGGGUUGGUUGGGUGCAUGUUCUCUUUAAAAACAAGAUCUAUUGAUUCCCAUUGUUGAGUAUACUUUGCUGCUUGCUACUGGUGAGACUGAUAGGCGGAUAUCCAAAAAGUUUGGAUACCAAAUUAACUGCACUUGAGUUUCCAGUGACCCCAUUAAAUCCAAUGGGUAAAUUUUCCAACGCAGUGUAGUCACCCAAUUUACAGAUUAAGCCUUCAUAUCCUUAGAUUGUAUCUGAAAUCUUCAUAGCGUUGCUCACCUUUUAGGGUUCAGAGUUACUACCCAUUCAGAGUCUGUGGCCUUUAGCUGUUGGCAAGCUUCUAAGUGAACUGCUCUUUUGCAGAGAUCUGUACCCGCUCUAUUCUUCCACUCCUGGGUGGUGGAGAGCCAAAGUUCACUUGAGUAAUGCGCGUGCCCAGCAUCCACUAACCCUGCAGGGGUUAGCACGGGUACUGGCGGCUCCCCCCACCCCCAUGGGAUGCUGGGAUUUGGUUUUUAAGAGGACCUGUGAAAGGAAUUACCGAUCUAUAUUUGUAUGAGUCCAGACACCACCUUGCAAAAUAAUUGAGAGUUCAGCCUGUUUGCUGUGGAGUUUCUGCUUUUCACGGUCCUUGGCCUCACCGACGGUUUACAGUCCAGCCAGAUUUAGUUCACAAAAAAACAAAACCCUAGGUCGACCUCACUGCAGUGUGUGAUGGCAGCGAUGGUUUUAAAGCGCAGGACCUGUAGUCUGCUCAACAGUUUUGUCUAAAGUUGUCCAAAAGUGUCUCUUUAAAAGUGAGGUGAUCCAGUCGGUAAACGCUUUGAAAAAGAAUAGCUGUUCCCUGAGCGGACCUUAGUCGCGUGUGGGGUCGACGCCCAUUAUUGCGUGCGUUCGGAUCGAGGCGCGGGCCUGUGAGGGAGCGCCUCGGACCGGGCCGGGGCGGGGCGGGGCUGGGCUGUCCUCCCGGAGCGUGCUGGGGCGCGUCGCGCCGGCCUUGGCCGCUAGUGCGCCUGCGCGGGCGUCCUCGGCUCCAGCUGCCGCCAGUUUCCACACGAAUUUCCACACGCUGGGAAGUCCGUUACCUGAGAGAGAUCCAUGGCCAGCAUGUCGGAUGAAAAAGCUUCCCGGAAGGGAGACGAGGAGAAAGAAGAGGAGCAGCUCGCGAUCAUCCCCGGUAGCGAGUACGCGGCAAAGCAGGCGGCGGAGGAGGGAGCGCCCACGAAGUUGGAAGUGGCGGUGAGGGCGGCGGGCUACUCCGACGACCUCAGCUCCGGGGAAGCCGACAUUGACCCAAUGCUCUUGGAGCUCGCCGCUGACGAGGAGAAGUGCCGCAGCAUCCGCAGGCAGUACCGGCAGCUCAUGUACUGCGUGCGGCAUAACCGGGAGGACAUCGUGAACUCGGCGAGCGACUCCUUAACGGAGGCUCUGGAGGAAGCCAACGUCCUGUUUGAUGGCGUGAGCCGAACCAGAGAAGCAGCCCUCGAUGCCCAGUUUCUUGUGAUGGCUUCUGAUUUGGGUAAAGAAAAGGCAAAGCAGCUAAACUCGGACAUGAACUUCUUCAAUCAGGUAGCAUUUUGUGACUUCCUGUUUGUGUUCGUGGGUCUGAAUUGGAUGGAAGGUGAGCCUGACGACUUGAGUGGCUAUGACGACGAUAUAACCCUUUCCUUCUGGGAGGCCAUAGAAAAGGAAGCAGCAUCCUGGAUGGUACAAGCAGAAACAUUCCAUUUCGUUUUCGGUUCUUUCAAGCCACAACCUUCUGCACCAAAGCCCCGACUUGAACACCAGAGAAAAGUUCGCAGAAUGGAAGAAAAUGGGAAUAUGCCUACAAAGUUGAGGAAGUUAGACCUGAGUAGUUACCCAGAAGCGACCGAAGAAAACGUAGAAAGGAUUUUGGGAUUGUUGCAAACCUACUUUCGAAAGUAUCCUGAUACUCCUGUGUCCUAUUUUGAGUUUGUGAUUGAUCCAAACUCUUUUUCUCGUACUGUGGAGAAUAUAUUUUAUGUUUCUUUUAUUAUAAGAGAUGGUUUUGCAAGAAUAAGGCUUGAUGAAGACAGGCUGCCAAUAUUAGAACCGAUUAAUAUUAACCAAAUGAGUGAGGGAAAUGAUUCCAGUUGCCAUGGCAGGAAACAGGGAGUUAUAUCUUUGACUUUACAGGAUUGGAAGAAUAUUGUGGCAGCUUUUGAAAUUUCUGAGGCUAUGAUAAACUCCUCAUGCUAAAGAUUUCUUGGUAUAGGAUCCUUUUUGUGUUUUUUUUUUUUCCGAAGUUCUCUGAGAGAGUUAAAUCUAAACUGAAACACAUAUUGUAUCUCUUGUAAGCUGAAAACAUAUAUUUGAAAACAUUGUUUUACUGUGCAGCAUAGUUUUCUUAAUAAUUUGUAAGGCCACGAUGUUCUGUUAUUUAAAAAAAAAUUUCGCUGGCAUAUUAAUGAGAAUGUUUUAUUGAAUGCCCUUUAAGACUAUUUUAAUAAAAAGUUUUGGAUACCAAA